AUGGUUCAGAAGACUAGUGAAGCUGUUGAGAAGAUCCAAGCUAUAAUGCUUACUUCACAGAGUAGACAGAAAAGCUACGCUGAUCCUAAGCAUAAGGACAUGAAGUUCCAAGUUGGGGACCACGUGUUUCUGCAAGUUUCACCACUGCCUGGGGUGGGGAGGUUGGCUUUGCCACCAUUGAUGUUGGGAGUUCAUGACGUAGUCCAUGUUUUUGUGCUUCGGAAAUACGUCUCAGAUACGACACAUGUAUUGAAGUAUGAGGACCUGGAAUUGCAGACCGAUUUGUCUUAUGAGGAGCGUCCGGUUCACAUUUUAGACCAAAAGGAAUAA